AUGACCUGCAGGCACACUAGGUUUGCAUACCUGUAAACGAGGGCUGAGGGUGGGCUGGGCUGGCCUGGUCUGUGCGUAGUGUACAAGUCCUAGGGAAACACCUCCUCAUGUGGAGCCCUUAUUUCCAGCACCCACAGUUUGCCACAGCUUCAGGAACCCCAAGGGUGGGACUCUGCCGAGUCCUGCUCAGCCAGGGGUGAGUCAUGUCCUGGAGGUCAGACCUGAGCAGGAUAAGAAUGCUGUACUCCGCAGAUGGCCCUACACUCCAGGGACACAUGCUGCUCCUUGGGAGUGGUCUAGGCCUUGGGCACCCCCACACUGGGGCUGCCAGGCUGCAAUGAGCUCCUGUCCCGACCCCAUCUGUAGGCUGGCCUAGCCACCCACCCCUCAUUAUCAGGGGCCAGCUCCCCAUAGCUCCUGGGUAAGUCAGGAGACAUUGGCGCCUGGCAGUCAUCUCUUGGUUCCAUUCUGGCCAGACCAAGCUCUUUAUUACCCUGCCUCCUGGGUCAGGAGGUCAGACUCAGGGCUACUUCCUGGGGCCCCCAGACCUCUGGAGCCUCAGAAGGGUUUGGAAGGGCAAAUUCCAAGCGGCCCUUUGUCCUGCCAGGAGCCUUUGAUCUCCCCAGUGGAGGAGGGGCCUCCAGCCCAGCUGGCCCCCAGGUCAGGCCAGGCAGCUGGGGGCAGGGAGAGACUCCUGGGUGCUUGCGGGCCCUGGGUAGUUUGUAGGACUUUGCUCGUUUAGGGCCCUUGGACUUGGCCAUCCCUAUGGACCCUGGGUGGAUACCCAUGUAGAGCCAUAUCCUGGUGCUGGGCAGGCCUCACUUAUGCCCUUCCUUGCUCAGCCCAGGAAGGGCCUGGGCCAAGGCCAGAGCCAGAGCCAGAGGCUCCAGCAAAGUGGGUAUCUCUGGGAAUGCAAAGUUCUGUGUCGGCUCAGGGCCUGAGCUGCCAAGGCCUCACCCCUGCAGAUUCCACAUGUACUUCAAGAUCUGCUGGCAGGUUGUGACCCUGACAGGGACAUGGAGAAAGUUAGUGUUCUUCCCAGGAAGUGAACAGACCCCCUCCCCAUCUGCUGGGCUGAAAUAGCACCCCUGUGCCUUACCUGGACUCAAAGGUGACAGGUACCACCUGGACCUGCCUUGGGGAAACCCAGGCCUGUGGUCAGUUGGGGUGAGGUAGGGGCCUGAACUCCCCCCACAUGGGAGACCGAAGGGUGGGGAUAAAAGCUGCUGAGUUCUGUUGGCCUCACCCCUCCCCCCUAAAUCGAAGGAGGAGGGUCUUCAAGGAGACUGACCCCAGCUGACUUCAGCCUAUGGAGGGAGGGAUUCCAGCUACUGUGUCAUCCCCCUCCUCUCCUCCUCUCUGGCCAGAGCUAGCCCUUCUCCGCCCCUCAAUGACCCUGCGCUAUUGAGCCCUGGCCCCUCCCCAGCCUCCCCUCCUCUCCCUAUGCUGACCAGGACCUGCAGUGUUUGAGAGAGGAGACAGAUUAGGGAGGGGAAGGGCUACACAGAGAGCUCUGAGAUUCCAAAACCCACCCAUCUGGGGCCAGGGGGAGCAUUUGCAGUGGGCUCCAGCCUCAGGGGCCAAAGGGGAACCCAAAGAAUAAUCAGGGGAGAGGAAGGGCCAGCCGGGUAGCCCCAGAGAGUGGAUGCCUGCAGAGUGUUGGGCUCUGUGGGGCCCCAGGAGGGGCUGGCAGCCACACGGCUAUGCCCCCUGGCCCUGUGGUCCCCAUGCCCGCCCUGCAACUGUUCCUGCCUCURUUCCUCAUCAUCAGACUGGCCUUGGGGGCUGGCCUGCUGCCAGAGCUAGGGAACCACCCCGGCCUGUGCCCCAACCAGCUCAGCCCCAGCCUGUGGGUAGACGCCCAGAGCACCUGUGAGCGAGAGUGCGCCAGGGACCAGGAUUGUGCUGCCUCGGAGAAGUGCUGUGCCAACGUGUGUGGGCUGCAGAGCUGCGUGGCAGCCCGAUUCCCAGAUGACCCAGCUGCACCCACCACAGCAGCCUCCUGUGAGGGCUUCAAGUGCCCACAGCAGGGUUCUGACUGUGACAUCUGGGAUGGGCAGCCUGUAUGCCGCUGCCGUGACCGCUGUGAGAAGGAGCCCCACUUCACCUGUGCCUCCGAUGGCCUCACCUACUACAAUCGCUGCUACAUGGAUGCUGAGGCCUGCCUGCGAGGCCUACACCUACAUGUGGUGCCCUGCAAGCAUGUCCUCAGCUGGCCACCCAGCAGUCCAGGGCCACCAGAGACCACAGCCCGGCCUAUGCUGGGGGCUGCCCCCAUGCCACCUGUCCUGUACAGCAGUCCCUCCCCACAAGCAGUGCAUGUGGGGGGCACGGCCAGCCUCCACUGCGAGGUCAGUGGCCGCCCGCCACCUGCUGUGACCUGGGAAAAGCAGAGCCACCAGCAGGAGAACCUUAUCCUGCGCCCUGAUCAGAUGUAUGGCAAUGUGGUGGUCACUAGCAUCGGGCAGCUGGUACUCUACAAUGCCCGGCCAGAGGAUGCUGGCCUUUACACCUGCACUGCACGCAAUGCCGCAGGCCUUCUGAGGGCUGACUUCCCACUCUCUGUGGUCCAGCGGGAGCCAGCCAGGGACAAGGCCAAUGGCGUGCCCACUCUGGCAGAGUGCCUGCCUGGCACGCAGGCCUGUUCAGGCCCUGCCUCCCCACAUCAUGUGCUCUGGAACUUCGAUCCACAGCGCGGAGGCUGCAUGACCUUCCCCGCUCUCGAGUGUGAUGGGGCCACCCGGGGCUUCGAGACAUAUGAGGCGUGCCAAAAGGCCUGCACCCGCGGCCCUGGUGAUGCCUGCACCCUGCCAGCGGUGCAGGGGCCUUGCCAGGGCUGGGAGCCACGCUGGGCCUAUAGCCCACUUCUGCAGCGGUGCCUGCCCUUCCUAUACAGUGGCUGCGAGGGUAAUGGCAACAACUUUGAGAGCCGAGAGCGCUGUGAGGAUGCCUGCCCUGUGCCUCGCACACCACCCUGCCGGGCCUGUCGCCUCAGAAGCAAACUGGCACUGAGCCUGUGUCGCAGUGACUUUGCCAUCGUGGGGCGGCUCACUGAGGUGCUGGAGGAACCAGAGGCUGCGGGUGGCAUUGCCCGUGUGGCUCUGGACGACGUACUGAAGGAUGACAAGAUGGGCCUCAAGUUUUUGGGCACCAAGUACCUGGAGGUGACACUAAGCGGCAUGGACUGGGCCUGCCCCUGUCCCAAUGUGUCUGCCGGUGAUGGGCCACUGGUCAUCAUGGGUGAAGUACGAGAUGGUGUGGCCGUGCUGGACCCUGGCAGCUACGUGCGCGCCGCCAGCGAGAAGCGGGUGAAGAAAAUAUCAGAGCUGCUGGAGAAGAAGGCCUGUGAGCUGCUGAACCGCUUCCAAGAUUAG